AUAAAUUCCUAAUUUUAAUUAAUUACGUACCAUAUAAAUAUCAGCCAGCUUGGUUGAGAGCUCUUUAGAAUAGAGAGGCUUGGUUUCUCAAGUAGCCAGCUAGCUAGGGAGGCAAAAAUGGUGAGUGUGAUUGAGCAAGAAUUUCAACAUGGUUUGUGUGAAUCUGGUUUGGCACCUCCCAAACAAGUGGAAGAUGGAAAACUGCUAGAUGAUGAUGGCAGACCCAGCAGAACAGGAACCGUAUGGACGGCAUGCGCGCAUAUAAUAACGGCAUGUGUAGGCGCGGGAGUUCUGUCACUGGCAUGGGCAAUUUCACAGCUGGGAUGGAUUGCCGGCAUUGUCAUUCUCUUAAUAUUCUCGUCCGUUUCUCUGUACACCUCCUGUCUCUUGGCUGAUUGCUAUAGAAGCCCGCACCCAGUCACAGGGAAAAGAAAUUACUCUUACAUCGAAGCUGUCAAAACCAUCUUAGGCGGAACAAAGUACUAUUUUUGUGGAUGGAUCCAAUAUGGCAGUCUCGCCUCCGGCGCAGUCGGCUAUACCAUAACCACUGCAAAAAGUUUGGUGGCUAUUCAAAAAUCAAAUUGUCAUCGCAAAAAUGGACUACAAGACAAAUGCAAAUUUCCCAUUUAUCCACAUAUGAUUGGGUUCGGGAUUCUUGAAAUCUUCUUAUCACAAAUCCCUAACUUUAGCAAGUUGACUGGACUCUCUAUUGUCGCUGCCAUUAUGUCCUUUGGAUACACUUUCAUUGGAAUUGGACUCUCUAUCUUCAAAAUUGUGAAAGAACAUAGAAGAGGGAGAAACUCUAUCAUGGGAGUAGAAAUUGGGGCAGAAUUUUCCGCAUCAGACAAAAUCUGGAGGAUGUUCGCAGCAACCGGAGAUAUCGCAUUUGCUUGCACUUAUGCUCAAAUUCUCAUUGAUAUCCAAGAUACUUUAAAAUCAUCUCUAGAACCAGAAACCAAUGUGAUGAAAAAGGCAAGCGUGUUAAGUGCAUCCACAAUGACAACGAUCGUCAUGAUGUGUGGUUGCUUGGGCUACGUUGCUUUCGGAGAUAAUGCCCCAGAGAAUCUUCUAACGGGCUUCGGAGAUCAGGAUGCUAUGUGGGUUGUGGACUUGGCCAAUGUAUUCAUUGUGGUGCAUUUAGUAGGAGCUUAUCAAAUAUUUGCACAGCCAGUGUUUCGCGUCGUCGAAACAUGGGCCAACAAGAGGUGGCCCAAAUCGGGCUUCAUAAACACCGACCGCGAAAUCAGCAUUGGCAAGAUAAAAAUGAACAUGAAUUUGUUCAAAAUGAGUUGGAGAAUUGGUUUUGUAGCGGUUGCAAGUGUGAUAGCAAUGGCACUGCCAUUCUUCUCGGAUAUGUUGGCACUUCUUGGGGCAUUGGAGUAUUGGCCACUCGUGGUCUACUUCCCAGUGGAGAUGCACAUAGCCCAAAACAAGAUAGCCAAAGGAACAAAGAGGUGGAUGGCACUCCAAUUGCUGAGCAUGACCUGCUUGCUUAUUUCUAUUGCUUGUGCUGCUGGUGCUCUUCAGGGACUGAAUAAGGGUCUCCAUAGUUUCCAGCCCUUCAAAACUAAAGACUAAACCUUUAUUAACCAACGCCAUAGAAGACGACCUACCUACAAUUAUGCAUAUAAACACAUGUGUAGUAGCUGUGGCGUGUGCGUACUCGUUGAACUUUGUUUGGAUCAGUAUGUUAAAUGUAGAGGGUUGGACAAAGGCAAUAUAAACUGAAGUAAUGUUAAAGAGGUUAUGUAAGUAAGUCUGCCUAGCUUAAUCAUCCACCUCUCUUACUCUCAAUUAAUAUUAAUAUAAUUUAUA